UCCAACAUAUAUACGUGUAUGUAUAUAAGAGGAGGAAAAAUAAUACCUUAACCAAAAGAAGUCAUGGAUGUUGCGGACUCGGAUUUCCUUAGUAACAAAGAAUUCGAUGAUGAAGACUCUGAAUUUGAGACUGAUUUGGAGAGAUAUUUUGUAUUCUCCACUGCCAAGAACAGAUUCUUUGGCAGGAAAAUACCUCUUCGUGUUAUCCUAGGCUCUGGACUGAUUGCUGAUAUUAUACUCUGGAGGAACAAGAAGAUCUCAUUAAGCGUUCUUGUUGGUGUAACUUUCAUAUGGUUGUUUUUCAAGAGGAUGGAUUACACCGUGAUUAGUUUCAUUUGUGACUCUCUCAUACUUCUGGUGGCAAUGUUAUUCCUACGGAGCCUUUUAACAUCCUUCAUUCGCAUGUGAGUUUAAUUCACUCUAUC